ACCGUCACUUCCGGUCGAACCCACGCCAGCAGCCGCAUGUCAUUCCUUGAAAAUGGCGACGUUCGCAUCACUGGUCAGACAUUCGAUUUGUUACAUCCUGAAUUCGCUUAUGUGCACACACUUGGGUUGUAGUUCUCAGUUUUCAAGCCUGCACCUCGCAGACGGCAACCGCCGCAAGAGCAGACAGCAGCAGACGCGCGCCAUCUUUUGUCGCACCCAGCAUGGAGGCCCGCAGCCAGCACGUGACUUCACCGUCGCCACUCGCUGUGAAUGCCAUCGGGGGUAGUUCUGUCGACUCGGACGGCGCUAACUGCGUGGAUGCAGCGACUGAGAUGGACGAACGAUGGUUGGGGGAAUCCAGUACGCCGUCGCCGCAGCAGCAGCAGCAGCAACAACAGCAAGAGCAGCACGAUUCAGCUGUUACUCGGCGCGUAAAUCAGCAGCGCCGUGUCCUGCCUGUGUGCGCCCUAUUCGUCGCACCUCGCGUCUUCGGCGGUAACGACGUGUGGGCUGCUUCCAAGCCUGGCGCUGCCGCCUUCACUACUAGCGCGGCCGCCGCUGCUGAAACGGGUGAGGAGCAGCUGGGGGGGACAACCAAGCAGAUGAAGCACGGCGACAAGGGUGAAGCAGCUGACGAAUGCGACGAUUGCGACAGCUCGGCCGACGCGUCCGACGACAAUGUGGGCGACUCUGACGACGACGCGUCCGUGGCGUCUACCUUCUCGUGCUUAUCGAGGGACACGUCAGCCUCGUCAGCACUGUCCGAUUCGUCCUCAUCCGUACAGGCGGCUAACGACGAGCAGCGCGCCACCAGGGAGUGCGAUUAUGAAGAAAUCCAUCUGCCCGACGAUCUCUACACGGUCGACGUACCCAUAAACGCCUCGGCACAAGGCAGCCCGCAGCAGGCGGCCAUGGCGAGCAGCGUGGUCCGACAGCUUCAGCUGCCGCACGCGAGCCCCUACUCGCGAGAAAUGCUUUCGAAACACAUGCACGUGCAGCAGCGGGUGUUCGGGGAACAUCAGCGACGAAUGCUAUGGCUGCAGCAGCAGGUGAUGCAGCAGCACGCGCAGCAGCACCGGAUGCAGAGCAGUGCGGCGGGGUGGCAGUCAGGAGGAAUGCCCCGGCGAGCUUUCGUUCCCCCGCGCUUCCGCCGGCCUCAAGGCCCCGCGGGCACGGGAGUGUUCCUGCCUGGAACCUCCUGACGGGUGCUAAUGGUUACUACGGACUUGGAUGCGCUCCUUAGCGCUAACCCUAAACGCGGACUGGCGUGUGGUACUACCACCUGCCAGCCUGCUCUGCUUCACUAUAAGUGAUUUGUGGGGCUGUGCGCAAUGAUAAGUGAUAAGUGGUCUCUGCAGCAACUCAUCCGCACCAAAAUAAACCCAGCAUCACACUGUACAAAAAAUCAACCCACAUCUUCAUA